AUGGAGAGCUUAAUUGAUCUGGUGAACAAAUUACAAAAAUCAUGCACAUUGUUAGGCGAUUUUGGCCAAUCAUCCUCUCUUCCUACUCUCUGGGACGCCUUACCGUCAAUCGCCGUCGUCGGCGGUCAGAGUUCUGGAAAGUCAUCUGUGCUGGAGAGUAUUGUUGGAAAGGAUUUUUUGCCUCGUGGUUCUGGGAUUGUUACACGGCGUCCUCUUGUUCUGCAGCUUCAUAGGAUUGAGGAAGGAAAAGAAUAUGCAGAGUUUGCUCACCUACCAAGAAAGAUAUUCACUGAUUAUGUUGCUGUAAGGAAGGAGAUUGCUGAUGAGACUGACCGAGAGACAGGUCGAACCAAACAGAUCUCCUCUGUUCCUAUAUAUCUCAGUAUCUAUUCCCCUAAUGUUGUGAACUUGACCCUGAUUGAUCUUCCUGGUCUUACAAAAGUAGCUGUUGAGGGUCAGUCAGAUAAUAUUGUGCAAGACAUUGAAAACUUGGUGCGAUCCUAUAUAGAGAAGCCAAACUGCAUUAUUCUGGCAGUUUCUCCUGCUAACCAAGAUCUUGCAACAUCUGAUGCUAUCAGAAUUGCUCGUGAAGUGGAUCCAAAAGGGGAGAGAACUUUUGGAGUUCUGACAAAGAUUGAUCUUAUGGAUCAGGGUACUAAUGCAGUUGAUAUUUUGGAAGGAAGAUCAUAUAGGCUGAAAUUUCCUUGGAUUGGUGUUGUCAACCGGUCUCAAGCUGAUAUUAAUAGAAGUGUUGACAUGAUAGCUGCUCGGAGGAGAGAACGUGAAUACUUUACUAAUUCUUACGAGUACAGACAUCUUGCUAACAGAAUGGGCUCUGAGCAUCUUGGGAAACUGCUUUCAGGGCAUUUGGAAUCUGUGAUUAAGUCUCGCAUUCCAGGUCUUCAGUCUCUAAUCAGCAAAACAAUCAUCGAUCUUGAAACAGAAUUAACUCGUCUAGGGAAACCCAUCGCUGUUGAUGCCGGGGGCAAACUCUUUAUGAUUAUGGAGAUAUGUCGUGCUUUUGAUCAGACAUUUAAAGAACAUCUUGAUGGCAUACGACCAGGCGGUGAAAAAGUGUAUGGGGUGUUUGAUAACCAACUCCCCGCUGCUCUGAAUAGGCUACAGUUUGACAAGCUAGUGUCUAUGGAUAAUGUGAGAAAAGUGAUAACUGAAGCCGAUGGGUAUCAGCCUCAUUUAAUAGCCCCUGAACAAGGAUACCGUCGUCUAAUCGAAUCUAGUUUAGUUACUAUCAAAGCUCCAGCAGAGGGAGUAGUUGAUGCGGUUCAUGGUAUACUGAAGGAUUUGGUUCAGAAGUCGAUAAAUGAGACCACGGAGUUGAAACAAUAUCCGUCUCUUAAGGUGGAAGUUAAGAGUGCAGCCUGUGAAUCAUUAGACCAGAUGAGGAAUGAAAGCAAAAGGGCUACUUUACAGUUGGUUGAUAUGGAGUGCAGUUACUUGACAGUUGAUUUUUUCCGGAAGCUUCCACAAGACAUUGAGAAGGGUGGAAACCCAACACACUCGAUUUUUGAUAGAUAUAAUGAUGCUUAUCUUCGUAGAGUUGGAUCAACCGUUUUAUCUUAUGUCGAUAUGUUGGUUGGGACUUUAAGGCACGCCAUUCCUAAAUCUGUUGUGUAUUGUCAAGUGCGUGAGGCCAAACGUAGCUUACUGGAUCAUUUCUUUGCCGAGUUGGGGUCCAAGGAGGAAAAAUACUUGGGUAAAUUGUUAGAUGAAGAUCCAGCGGUAACACAAAGGCGCCAAAACAUAGUGAAGAGACUGGAGCUUCAUCGAGCCGCACAGUCUGAGAUCGAUGCAGUUAUAUGGGCCAAGUAGAUCAAUCAUUUCUUAUGUGUAGAAACUUAGAUUUGUAUUUGACAAAUAUUCAUUUUGAUCAAAUUUCUUGGUAAAAUUGAAUCUGAGACAAUUUAUAGCAAGCAGUAAUAUGAUGUUUUUUGUUUUUCAUCUA